AUGUCUACAAUGAAAGCAUUGAACUAUGUCGGACCCUACAAGGUCAAGGUGGAAGAGAUUGAGAAACCCAAACUAGAACACCCCGAUGACAUUAUUGUCAAAGUUACCACUGCAGCGAUUUGUGGCUCGGAUCUCCACAUGUACGAAGGUCGGACGUCCGCUGAACCAGGGAUUACAUUUGGUCACGAAAACAUGGGAAUCGUCGAAGAGCUAGGCCAAGGUGUCACGUUGCUCAAGAAAGGUGAUCGUGUUGUUAUGCCAUUCAAUGUCGCUGACGGCCGUUGCCGCAAUUGCGAGGAAGGAAAGACGGCAUUUUGUACCGGAGUCAAUCCUGGGUUUGCAGGUGGCGCAUAUGGCUAUGUCGCCAUGGGCCCUUAUCGUGGAGGCCAGGCGCAGUACAUUCGCAUCCCCUAUGCAGACUUUAAUGCUCUCAAAUUGCCUCCCGGAAAAGAGCACGAAGCCGACUUUAUACUUCUUGCAGACAUAUUUCCCACCGGCUGGCACGGCGUCGAAAUAUCCGGAUUCCAGCCAGGUGAAAGUAUCGCCGUUUUUGGUGCCGGUCCUGUCGACCGAGUCCCUGAACGCCUAGCGGUCGCAAAAAGCAUCAACUGUAUUCCCAUCGACUUUACCAAGGGAGAUGCAGUUGAUCAGAUUAUUGCCCACAACGGUGGGAUGGUGGACCGAUCAGUAGACGCCGUUGGAUACCAAGCUGUCGACCCCAAUGGAUCAUCAGAAAGACCAAAUAUCAUUAUUGAGAAUAUGAUUCGAGUCACACGAGCAUGUGGAGGGCUCGGAAUUCCAGGGCUUUAUGUCCCCAGCGACCCUGGCGCGCCUGAUUCAAACUCGGCAAAGGGUAUCAUCAGCCUCAGCUUUGGAAAGUUGUUUGAGAAGGGCCUGUCGCUUAGCACUGGUCAGUGCAAUGUGAAGAAAUAUAAUCGGUACCUACGAGACAUGAUUAUCGCCGGCAAAGCAAAGCCUAGCUUUGUCAUCUCGCACGAGAUCAGCCUCGGUGAUGCGGAGGUCGCAUACGAGAAAUUUGAUAAGAGGGAAGGGGGAUACACCAAAGUGAUUAUUCACCCAAAUGGAGGUUUUUAA